UUUAUAAAUAUAGAAAACUUAUGUUACGAGAAGCUAUCAACUUUAUUUCUGACACGUGGGACGAUGUUAACGAUAUUACUAUAAAAAAUUGCUGGAAGACCACCAGGAUUAUGCCAAAAGCAAGUGAAUCAAACGAAUAUAAGGAGGAAGAAGUUGAAGACCUUUUGAUUGAGAAUAAUUCAGAAGUUCAAGAGUUAAUAAAUAAUAUUGAAAAAUAUACCCAUCUGAUAGAUCAACCAGUCAUAACCGAAGAUGCACUAACAGAUAAAGAAAUCAUCGAAAUGGCCACAGAAACGUUAGAAAAAGUUAAAAAAUUUCAAGAAAGCUUCAAAGUCGGAAAAGGGUUUAAUGAAAAAGAAUUAAAG